AGUGAAUCAAAAUCAACGUGGUAACUGCUAAAGAAAAAGGCAGAAGCUGACACGACCCUUUUAGUGUCUGACAAGCGUCGUCUUCGCCUUUGUUUCAGAUUCCCAGUUCAGGGAAGUUCCAUCUCAAUCUUAAUCGGUUUCGCUUCCCCUGACUUCCAUCUUUCAUCUUCCGUGUCUCCGCUGCGAUUCUAGACAGAUCUCCACCUUCCCACUUGGGCACGUGAGAUCUAAUCCACCUCUCCCCCAUCUACAGAGAACUUUUCAUUUGUUCAAUGGAAUGUGGAAUAAAUUGAGAGAGUAUGGCAGCUGCAGAAGCAAGGGCUGCAUGGCAGAGAGCUGCUAACCGUUGCUUUGUACAAGAAGAUGCCAAAAGAGCUCCUAAGCUAGCAUGUUGCCAAUCGUCAUCUUCAACAUCCAAACAAGUGGAUGCAGGACCUGCUGGUUCUACUGAGGAGGGAGAUCGUUUUGGCUUAGGUUUCAUGCCUUUUAACAGGAAACCUUCAUUUACCAAUUUGCCUCCAGAGGCAAGGUGGUGGCUUCAGCAACAACCUGCCUAUAGGUUCCCAAAGGGUCUAGCAUGCGAAGGGUUAAAUGCAUUGGAUGCUGAUGUCGAUCUCCUGAAUGCUGGCACGGAAGAUAUAAAAUCUAAUUGUGGUGAGAUGCAGAAAGAUGGAACUUAUAUGCAUGUUGAGAAUGAAAAGAAUGACAAAUUUGAGAACGUCUGCGAUGCUGAAGGUUCAAACCCAGGGAUAAUGGGCCUGGAUAGUAAGGAUGCAAAAGAAGUUGAGAACAUGGAUAUGAUGGAAAGCUUUGAGCUUGUGGAAAUGAAUCAAUCUGGGAUGUCAGUUUCCAAGCAGACUAAUGAGCUCAGUUUCAAUUUGGAUUCUGCAUGGAUCGGAAAUGGGAAGCCGGAACCAUGGUGGCGCACAUCAGAUAAGAAUGAAUUAGCGUCAUUUGUUGCUAAGAAGUCACUUGACCACAUCGAGAAUUGUGACCUUCCCCCACCUCAAAAUAUGCAUGCCAGGAAACAUCCUUAUUCGUUUAUUGGAUGCUUAGACUGCGAUGAAGUAUUUGAGUCAUCCUUGGAUUGGAAGGUGGAUCCGCUUGGUAUUUUGGGCGAAACCAUCCAGGCAAGAAGUUGUCCUGAAUAUGAUGACCAAAUGUUCAGAAGGCAGUGGGCCCCAGAUGAAGAUGGUCAUUUCCCUCGUGGCUCUGACACAUCAUCCAGUGAAAACAGUCAUGCCACAGCUCGCAAGGGUAAAACUGAAACAUGGGAAGCUGCCGACUGCGAUCCUGCUAAGUCUCAGCUACUGGAAGCACUGUGCCAUUCUCAAACACGUGCAAGGGAAGCAGAGAAGGCAGCAGAGCAAGCACGUGCAGAGAAGGAGCACAUUGUAAAGCUCUUCUUUAGACAAGCCUCUCAGCUUUUUGCCUACAAGCAGUGGUUCCAAUUGCUUCAGCUGGAAACAACCCUCUUGCAGAUGAAGAACACUGACCGGCCAAUUUUCCCGGUGUUCCUUCCUAUGGCACCUAGCAAAGGUAGAAAAAUGCGGAAUAGCUGCGAUAAGGCUUCCAAAGUGAGACGGGGAAAACGUAAGCGUCAAAAGCAUGACGUGACCAAGUAUGCCGUGGUCUUUGCCGUGGGGUUGGGCCUUGUUGGGGCGGGAUUGCUUCUUGGAUGGACGGUUGGGUGGAUGAUACCUCUUUUCUAGCCGGCUGCUGUAUCUUAUGCUUCCUGCAUGGAUUGCCACGCAUGAGAGUGGCAUUGGUGUGUGUCUAUUCCUAACAUUAUCGUACCUUCUUACGGUCUUUGGAGCCUUGUAUAUAAUGCCUAGUCCGAAGAUAAUUUGCAUACUGAGGUGUAUAUCUGUAUAAAAGAAGUGCUUCGUGUCAGGUGGAGAUCUCUGUAUCAGCACAUACCUCAUUUGGAGAUUGUUGCCACACUAUUGUUUCCAACAUUGUGCUCAAGUAGAGCCGCUUGUAACUAGCAAAA